UUCAAGCUUCUGAGCAUGCGCACAGACAGCUCCUCCUUCAAUAACCGUGAGUGGAAGAGAAGCACGAUAAUGACGAUGAAGAUGCUGCCCGUGUGUUUGGUCCUUGCUCUGAUCGGCCUGGGCUCAGGAGAAGAAGGGGCUCGUCUGCUGGCCUCCAAGUCCCUGCUGAACCGCUAUGCUGUGGAGGGCCGUGAUCUCACCCUGCAGUACAACGUCUACAAUGUGGGCUCCAGUGCUGCUCUGGAGGUGGAGCUGUCGGAUGACUCUUUUCCCCCUGAAGACUUUGGAAUCGUUUCAGGGAUGUUGAACGUCAAAUGGGACAGGAUUGCACCAGCGAGCAACGUCUCCCACACCGUGGUGCUGCGCCCCCUGAAGGCCGGCUACUUCAACUUCACCUCUGCCUCCGUGAGCUACCUGGCCCAGGAAGGAGGACAAGUUGUGGUGGGCUACACCAGCGCCCCCGGCCAGGGAGGCAUCCUGGCUCAGCGAGAGUUUGACCGCCGCUUCUCCCCACACUAUCUGGAUUGGGCUGCGUUCGGCGUAAUGACGUUGCCCUCCAUUGGCAUCCCGCUGCUCCUCUGGUACUCCAGCAAGAGGAAGUACGACUCACCAAAGGCCAAGAAGAACUGAACAGGCACAGAUUAAGGUGUUGGGUGGGGGUCUCUGAAUAGUUUAAUAACCCAUAUUGGGGUUGAAAGUCAAAAGAAAGUGCGGUGACCAAGGAACGCGAUUGUGAUUGAGAGAAUUUUGGAUCAGGAGAUAGAACAACAGCUAAAGUAAGGGGAACCGUUUCAGUGUGCAUGAACGUGCACAGCUGCUGACCAUUUCUACACAUUUGACAGUUGUUGGACUUGAAGAUAAAAUAAAGUGUUUUUUUUUUAAUCUC